AUGGCGGAAAAUGUCUUAUCCUGGAUAUUGGACAAGGGUGCCAGUAUCCUGUCAGACGACAAAGAAGACAAGUCCGACGUCUUACUAAACGCAAUUAAAGAUGGCGACCUAAACAUUGUUACUAUACUCAUCGGCGUUGUCUCAGACAUGAACAAAAUGAAGUUUGAAGGAGAGUCGCUUCUGAGCGUAGCCGUAUUCAGUGGACACGCUAGUAUAGUAAAACUCGUUGUCAGCAAAGGAGCAGAUAUUGAGGGCAUUGAUGAUGAUGGUUUGACGCCGUUGCAUGUAGCUUGCAGAGAGGGUCAUCUCGAGAUUGUUAAGUUUCUCGUCUCUAAGGGAGGGGACAUCAAUCGACAAACCUUUGACGGGAUGACUCCAUUUGCAAUGGCGACCAAACGAGGAAAUGUUGAUGUUCUGAAGUACCUUAUAAGCAAGGGAGUCGAAAUUGAGAGGCCCGACAAGAAAGGCAAGCCACCGCUCAUCUGGGCAAGUGCCCGAGGGCAUCUAUCCACAGUUAAUUAUCUCCUUAAAAUGGGUGCAAAUGUCAAUGGCGCCGACAAACGCGGCUGGACAUCACUGCAUUUUUCCAUCAAGUACGAUCGUCUAGAUGUCACCAAAAGUCUCGUAUCUGCAAGAGCCGAUAUCAACUGGCCAGAUAAAGACGGGACAACGCCGCUUCAUAUUGCUUCUGCUGGAGGUCAUCACAACGUCGGUGGCGAGCUCGUGAACAGACCGAACGCAAGAGGUGAAACUCCCCUACAUGUCGCCACCUCUAAUGGCUUCACGUCGAUCAUUGAUAUCCUGAUUUCCCAAGGAGGUGACCUUAAUGCCCAGACGAAUGAACAUCAAACCUGCUUGCAUCUUGCAGCAAAACUUUGUGAGGGAUCAACCGAUGUGGAAGUCACCAAAGAACUCUCUAAGCUGAUGGCUGGAAAUUCGAAGGAUGCACUUGUGCCAGGCCAGGCCCUGAUGAAACGUUUGAUUAAGAAGGGCGCCGACGUCAACAUAGCCGACAAGGCUAAGAAGAAGCCACUUGAAUAUCUCUCACGCAAGAUGGCAAAUUUAGUGGUCAGUCAACCGCUAACAGAGAGCCAUGAACUUGGAGGACGCAGAACCGGAGGUGCUUCUGAUAAUGUUGACGACAGAAAAGGUAGCAAGGUGGUUUCGAAAACCCAUCCCGAUCCCAUUCCAUCCCAUCUCAUACUGAGCUUGUCUGAAGAAAUACCCAAUGAUAAAGUCUUAACGUUAGGUAUAAACUUAGGACUCGGCCAAGCAAAGGCUGCCCGGUACGAAUCUACGAACGGCAAGGGUACCGAACUAACUUAG